AUGUCCGAAUCUGACCAGGAGCAAAGUUCACCUGAGCCACUUUCACCAAGAACCGCUGCUGUACGUGCUGGUUUGAGGAGGAAUUAUAGUUCUUCAAGCGUUGAAUCUAAAAGUUACGAAUCUGAAGGUUCAAGCAACAUGGCAGAGAUUCCGAACACCAACGAUAAUGUUGAAAGAGGUGGUGCGCUUGUUGUCCAACCAAGAAAACCCCUGCAUGAGUUUUCCAUUCCCAAAGUCACCGAUCAACCUUCGUGCAUCGUCUAUCCUCAACUCACAAUUGACAGGUUUGAGCUUAAAAGUGGUAUGAUUCAUCUUCUUCCAACUUAUUAUGGUAAUACCACUGAGGAUCCUUACAUGCAUAUUCAGCAAUUCUUUGAAAUAUGUGUUACGAUCAAAAUUCAAGGCCUUGAUGAUGAGCAAAUUAAGAUGAGGCUAUUCCCAUUCAGUUUAAAAGAUAAAGCUAAGUCUUGGUUAUACUCUUUGCCUAAUGCUUCAAUUCAUACUUGGGAAGAGCUUUCUAAUAAGUUUUUGCAGAAAUUCUUUCCGGCCCAAAAGACUAACAAGAUUAGAAAGGAAAUUCUUGGUUUCACACAAAAGGAAGGAGAAGCUUUUCAUGAAUGUUGGGAGAGGUACAAGGAGAUGAUAAGUUCUUGCCCACACCACAACAUAGAAAGUUGGAUGCAAAUGCAAUCUUUCUAUGAAGGUUUGCUUGAUUCCGAAAGGAUGAUGGUAGAUGCAACAAGUGGAGAAGGACUGAUGAACAAAACAGCAGAUGAGGCUUUUACUCUCUUUGAAUCCUUGAGUGCUAACUCUCAACAAUGGAGCCACAAUAAAGGAAGAGGAGCUCCUAUGAAAGCUGUGGUCUCUGAGGUAAGUACUAAUAAUGAGAUUGCUGCAAAACUUGAUGUUAUGUGUUCUUUGCUCCAACAGGUAGUGACUGGCCCUCUAGGAAACAAAGUGGGAGUUCAAGACCAAUCUUUUGCGGAGCACAUGCUAGAACAAGCAAAUGCCCUUCAAGCAAGGAAUCCUCAAAAUGAUCCUUAUUCAAACACGUACAAUCCGGGAUGGAGAAAUCAUCCUAAUUUCAGGUGGAACAACAAUCCAAAUGUGCAACAAUCUCAAGGACCUCCCCUAGGAUUCCAAACACAACAAAGGCAAUUCCAGCAAGCUCCCCAACAAGUGCAAGAGCAAAGGGGUGAUCAAAUGGGAGAAUUGCAAGACAUGUUCAAGAAGUUCAUAGGGCAACAGAUGCAAACCAAUCAGAAUCUUCAAAAUGCAGUGAACAAACUAGAAGUGCAAGUUGGGCAGAUUGCAUCCUCCAUAAGCAAUAGAGCAUCCGGAACUUUGCCAAGCCAAACGGAGGUGAAUCCAAGGCAUCAAGAGCAUGCUAAAGCAGUACACAUCUUGAGAAGUGGUAAACAAGUUGAUAAUAAGGUUGGAGAUGCCAAUGAAGAGCAAGAAGAUGGAGAACACGUGGAGAUCAUUCACCUCCACAUGCCUAUUGCACCCUUUCCUAGCAGGUUAUCAAAGUCAAAGAAAGAUCAAGGCUUGGAUGAGAUAAUGGAAACAUUCAAGAAGGUGCAAAUCAACAUCCCAUUGCUCAAUGCCAUUACUCAGAUUCCAAAGUAUGCAAAAUUUUUGAAGGAUCUAUGCACUAACAAGAGGAGAUUCAAAGAGCAUGAACAAGUUGCAUUGAGUGAAGAGUUUCAAAAAGCUUUGCUUGAUCUUGGUGCUUCUAUAAAUCUUAUGCCAUGUCAUGUUUAUGAGAAACUUAACCUUGGUGAGUUGCAAGCCAAAUCUGUGAGCAUUCAAUUGGCAGAUAGAACUCUUAGGUACCCUAAAGGCAUUCUAGAAGAUGUUUUGGUGAAAGUGGAAGAGCUAAUUUUGCCAGCAGAUUUCUUGGUGUUGGAAAUGGAAGAAGCACCAAUUCAUGACAAUCAGUUACCACUCAUUCUAGGUCGGCCAUUCAUGGCAACUGCCGGUGCUAUUAUUGAUGUGAAGAAGGGUACAUUGACCAUGAAUGUGUUUGAUGAGACAAUAACAUUCAAAGUGUUUGAAGCCUCCAAGUUUCCAAGUGAUGAGCAUGAAGUUUUCCAUCUUGAUGCAAUUGAUACUAUGGUGAAAGAAGCACUGCCAAUGAGUUAUUUGGAGCCCAUUGAAGCAUGCAUCACACAAAGCAUAAGGAAAGAAGAAGUGGACAGCUUAGAGGCUGUGAUCUCUCCUUUACUUCUUGAGCUUGUUUGCAGCAUGGAUAGCUACAUAGAAAUUGGAAAGAGGUAUGCAAACCAAUUUGAAUCAUUACCCCCACCUACUAAUAAGGUUUUACCUUCUAUUGUGCAGGCACUAGAGUUGGAAUUAAAGCAAUUGCCAAAAUACCUUAAAUAUGCUUAUUUAGGUGAAAAUGAGACUCUACCUAUUAUCAUUGCCUCACAUCUCAGACCAAAUGAUGAAAAGAAGCUUUUGAGAGUUCUAAAAGAGCACAAAACUGCAAUUGGGUGA